AUGUCCUCAAAGAAGAAAAUGAAGAGAAAUCAUCCUGGAAAUAAAUUGAAGGCACACAAAGCCAACACCCAUCCUCGCUGGAAAUUGCUUCCACUUGAGGAACCAGAUGUCUCAAGGAUAUUGAAGGUAACGGAAGCAAAUGAACUUGAGGAGCUUGACGAUUCAUUUGAUCACCCUUUGCACAGCACUGCUGUGGAUGCUUAUGGAGAGGAACACUCACAGAAUGAGUCACUUGGUCAUGUUUCAGCUCCACAAAGGAAAAAUACAGAAAAAAGUAAAAGACUGCAUUGCUCGAAAACAUCUGAUGGUGAUGUUCAGAAAUUCAGCACAGCUGAUCCUGAAGAUGAACCCCUUAAGGAGAAUCUGAAGGCUCUGAAUACUCCUCAAUGCCAGGCAAAAAAGAAGCAGCGGCCUUCAGAGAACACAUCAGAUCCUUCUGUGGAUAGCCCAUGUUCUGUACAGGUUUGGUGUCCUAAAGAGCUGAAGAGAUCUUCCAGAGAUAUUACAGAACUGGAUGUUGUUCUGGCUGAAUUUGAGAAGAUAGCAGCAAAUUACAGACAACGCAUAGAAUCAAAUCUUUGCAGAAAAGCUAUCAAUGGCUUCUGUUCUGCUUUCAAGGACCAAAUCACUGAUCUUAUGGUGGAAGUCCAGGAAUUAAAGAAUAUGAAGAAAAAAAAUGCUAAGGUAAUAACAGACAUCAAAAAGAAAAGGCAGCGACUAUUGCAACUCCGAGAAGAGCUAAUUGGAGCUGAACCACAACUGAUACAACUACAAAGAGAAUAUGCCGAGAUACAGGAAAGGAAAUCUUCCUUGAGGCAGGCAACUGAAUUACUUACUGAUUUAAAGGAGCUACAGCAAGACUAUUUGGAUUAUAGAGAAGAAAACCCAAAAGAAAAAGUGGUAUAUGGAACUUCCAGCCUACCUGCUCUUCUGGUGGAGUCACGGAGAAUUCUAGGAGCAGAAAGACACUUUCAGAAUAUUAAUAUGAAACUGGAAGAGGCUCUGGCUGUACAAAGAGGGAAGUUAUCAAAGAAACAUUAA